AAUUAUAUUAUGUAUAAUAUAAUGAAUAAUAUUAAAUAAUAAAAGAUUUUUUUAUCAUAGUAAUAUAAUAAAUGGUAUAAGUACAAUUAAAUAAAUAUAUAUAUUUAUUAAUUAAAUGUGUAUAAGUUUUUUAUUUACUGCAUAAUGUGCGUUGUAUUCAAAUUCCUCAUAUUAGCACAAGAAAAAAAAAAUUGUGGAAAAAAGGAGAGGCCAAAUACAUCACAUUGAUCAUAUUCAAAACAUCAUAUGUAUACCGGUGUGUAGACUAAACAACAUAACCUACAAUCUAACACUGUUGUUUAUUGUUAAUUUAUGAAUUAUAAAUGUUUACUUUUCUAUUGUAGUAAAAAGUAAUUUUAAUUUAUAUUUUUGAGUUAGAUAAAGACUAAAUAUAACGAUAAUGUCAGAAAAUAUCCAGGGAACUUUUACUUCUGAUAAAAUAUCUAAAAUUCGUUGGAAUCGUCAAGAUUUUACUGAAGCUAAUUCUUUUAUCACCGGUAGUUGGGACAAUAAUUCAUUUAAUCGAAUUACAUAUUGGGUAUUUCGAAAAAGUGAAGAUGCUGAAAUAUAUCCCGCUGCGGUCAAUUUUUAUCCUUUUAUUGGUGAUGUCACUGAAAUUCAGUUUAUUAGCAAAUAUUGUUUUGUGGCGUCAUCGUCAAUUGGAUCAGCAAAAUUAUUGCAGAUUGAUGAAAAUUCAUGUAAUCUUUUUAAAGAGUUGACAUUUUGGGAUAAUAUUCAUUAUUUUAGCACGGGUGAAAAUGCAUCUUGUACAGCAUUAUCAACUUUUAAUCAAGAUAUAGCUACUGUUGGAGAAGAUGGAAGAAUAAAUUUAUUAACAGCUCAACUUAAAAAUCCUGUAAGAACGAUUGAAAAUGCCGAUAGCUGUUCAUUACUUUGCAUUGAUUUUUUAAGACACAAUGAAAUAUUAACUAGUAAUACCAGAGGACAUAUGAAACUUUGGGAUCUUAGAAACGAUCAAGAUAAACCAGCAACAACUUUUAUGCUUCCUGAUCAACUCAAAACAGAAGCUACGGAUAUAGCCCAUCAUCCAACUCAACGACACAUUGUUGCUGCAGGUGGAGGUGAUGGUAGUCUUUCAGUUUGGGAUUUACGUCAAAGUACACAUCCUAUAUCACAACUUUUAGCUCAUUCCCAAGCAGUUAGUGAAGUUAUGUUUCAUCCAGAUAGACCAAAUAAUUUAUUUACUUGUUCUAUUAAUGGUGAAUUAUGGCAUUGGAAUAAUGUUCAUGGCUCUAAAUUAAAUCUUGAUAAUGAUAGCCAUUGGUUAGCAACACGUGGAAUUGAUGCUAAAGUAAAUAUUACUGAACUAUGUGCGCCAUUGCAUAAACCAAUAAAUAGUUUUGAUAUUGAUAGAUCCACUUUACUUUUCGGUUGUGACAAUGAAGCCAUGUAUUCUUCGAUUGGAUCAUCCGGAGUAACUGGAGCAAAUCUAAAAUUAUCAUCUCCUGGACAAAUAAAUCCUUAUACAAAGUUACCUUUUACACCACGUUAUUAUGAAUUUUAUAAAAAACGAAUAACAUUACCAGUAUUUGAGUAUAGAUCAGAUUUUAUGCGUUUAUUAAAUGAAUAUCAAUGUAUUGUAUUGGUUGGUGAAACUGGAUCUGGUAAAACAACCCAAAUACCACAAUGGUGUGUUGAAUAUUCAACUCAAACAGGUACAAAAGGUGUUGCUUGUACUCAACCCCGUCGAGUUGCAGCAAUGAGUGUUGCACAGCGUGUUUCUGAAGAAAUGGAUGUUACAUUGGGUGAACAAGUUGGUUAUAGUAUACGUUUUGAAGAUUGUAGUUCACCAUAUACUGUUCUUAAAUAUAUGACUGAUGGUAUGUUAUUAAGAGAAGGAAUGUCUGAUCCAAUGCUUGAAGCUUAUCAAGUUAUUUUACUUGAUGAAGCUCACGAACGAACUUUAGCAACAGAUUUACUUAUGGGUGUUCUUAAAGAAGUUACUAAACAACGGUCAGAUUUAAAAUUAGUUAUUAUGAGUGCAACUUUAGAUGCUGGUAAAUUUCAACAAUACUUUGAUAAUGCACCAUUAAUGAAUGUACCAGGUCGUACACAUCCAGUGGAAAUUUUUUAUACUCCAGAACCAGAACGUGAUUAUUUAGAGGCUGCUAUAAGAACAGUUAUUCAAAUUCAUAUGUGUGAAGAAGUAUCUGGGGAUUUAUUAUUAUUUUUAACUGGUCAAGAAGAAAUAGAAGAAGCUUGCAAAAGAAUAAAACGUGAAAUGGAUAAUCUUGGACCAGAUGUUGGAGAACUUAAAUGUAUUCCACUUUAUUCAACUUUACCACCAAAUUUACAACAAAGAAUAUUUGAACCAGCACCGCCAAAUAAACAAAAUGGUGCUAUUGGUAGAAAAGUUGUUGUAUCAACAAAUAUUGCUGAAACUUCAUUAACAAUCGAUGGUGUUGUAUUUGUUAUUGAUCCUGGAUUUGCUAAACAAAAAGUUUAUAAUCCUCGUAUACGUGUUGAAUCAUUACUUGUAUCACCAAUAAGUAAAGCAUCAGCUCAACAACGAGCUGGACGUGCGGGUCGUACAAGACCUGGUAAAUGUUUUAGAUUAUAUACUGAAAAAGCAUAUAAAAAUGAAAUGCAAGAAAAUACUUAUCCUGAAAUUUUAAGAUCUAAUUUGGGAAGUGUUGUACUACAAUUAAAAAAAUUAGGAAUUGAUGAUUUAGUACAUUUUGACUUUAUGGAUCCACCAGCACCUGAAACACUUAUGCGAGCAUUAGAAUUGUUAAAUUAUUUAGCAGCUUUAGAUGAUGAUGGUAAUUUAACAGAUUUAGGUGCUAUUAUGGCUGAAUUCCCAUUAGAUCCACAACUUGCUAAAAUGUUGAUUGCAUCUUGUAAUCACAAUUGUAGUAAUGAAAUUCUCAGUAUCACUGCUAUGUUAUCAGUCCCACAGUGUUUUGUAAGACCAAAUGAAGCCAAAAAAGCUGCUGAUGAUGCAAAAAUGAAAUUUGCACAUAUUGAUGGAGACCAUUUGACUUUACUAAAUGUUUACCAUGCUUUCAAACAAAGUAUGGAAGAUCCGCAGUGGUGUUAUGAUCAUUUUGUUAAUUAUCGAUCGUUAAAAAGUGGAGAUAAUGUACGACAACAAUUGAGCCGAAUUAUGGAUAGAUUUUCAUUAAAAAGAACAUCUACUGAUUUUACAUCUAAAGAUUAUUAUAUAAAUAUUAGAAAAGCGCUUGUUGAUGGAUUUUUCAUGCAGGUAGCACAUUUAGAAAGAACAGGACACUAUUUAACAAUAAAAGAUAAUCAAAUGGUACAACUACAUCCUAGUAGUUGUUUAGAUCACAAACCUGAGUGGGUUAUUUACAAUGAAUUUGUUUUAACGACAAAAAACUAUAUAAGAACAGUUACAGACAUUAAACCUGAAUGGUUAUUAAAAAUAGCACCUCAGUACUAUGAUCUUCAAAAUUUCCCUCAAUGUGAAGCAAAACGACAAUUAGAAGUAAUUCAAGCGAGAUUAGAUUCUAAACAGUAUCAAGAAGGUUUCUAAUUCUAAUAAGGAUUUUUCAACAUUUAGUUUAUUUUGAAAAAUUAAAAGUAAAAAUAAAAAAAAUAAAGAAAUAAUAAUAUUUUAAUGACAUAUAUUCAGUUGAGUAUUUAUAACAUGUAAGGCAACACCGAUGAUAUGGGUUCAUUAUAAUAAUGUUUCCCAUUAUAAUAUUAUUAUUAUUAUCAUUAAAUACAUAAUGGCAUUUCUUUUGUUAUUGCCUUCAUUAUCGUCUUAAUAGUGCAUUUUUUAUGAAAUCUACGUAAUAAUAAAAUUAAAAAUAUUGGCCAACACUAAAAUUAUUUUCGAUACUAUUAUUAUUUAUCACUAAAUGUAUUAAUUAUAAACAAUAGUUAUUAUAAAAUUUCAAUUUAACGUAUUUAGAUUAUGAUAAUUAUUACGUUACAAAAACAAUUAU